AUGGCGAGUAGGAGGUGUCUGCAAACGUUAACGAAAACGACACCGUUUCUCUUCAGAAACCUAUCUUCUCUGCGCUCUCUCACUAUACCCCCAUUUCACCUCGCCAAAGCUUCUUCACCCGUUUUCACCAAACCCACCUCUGUUUUUGCACAAUGGCCCCACCUACGAUAUUUUUCUUCCGACAAACAAGACGAUCACAGUGAUGAAGAAGAUUAUAGUGAAGAAGAAGACUAUGAAGAUGAUGAUGACGACGAUGAUGUCCCUGUAUCCAGUCGGAAAAAAGUGUACACAGCGGAGGAGAAGGAGGCAGAAGCGGAUGCUAUUGGCUACAGAGUGGUUGGUCCCCUUCCAAAGGACGAUGACGUUUUUAAGCCCUACGAACCUGUUUUCGCUGUUGUUCAGAUUGGUUCGCACCAGUUUAAAGUAAGCAAUAGAGACAGCAUUUUCACUGAAAGAUUGAAGUUUUGUGAAGUGAAUGACAAGUUGAUUUUGAACAAAGUUCUAUUGCUCGGCUCUGCUAAUCAGACAAUUAUUGGCAGACCCAUAGUACCAGAUGCAGCUGUUCAUGCUGUUGUUGAGGAGCAUGCACUAGAUGCAAAGGUGAUUAUUUUUAAGAAAAAGAGAAGAAAGAAUUACCGAAGAACGAAAGGGCAUCGUCAGGAGUUGACAAAGUUAAGGAUAACUGAUAUUCAAGGAAUUGAGAAACCUCAAGUUGUAUUAACUGAAAAGCCUUCAAAACCCGCUAAGAAAGAACAGGAAAAGGUUGCAGCUUCUGCAUAG